AUGGCUACUCUACAGGCGAUCAAGUACAAGCGGGGCAAACUGCUAGUCUUGGACCAGCUCAGGCUGCCCCACGAACACCACUAUGACGAGGUUUCGACCGCGGAAGAGGCGUUCGACUGCAUCCGGUCGAUGAGGGUUAGGGGCGCGCCAGCCAUCGCCAUCGUGGCCGCCCUCGCAUACGCCGUCGAACUGCACAAUGGGGGCUGCACUGCGACAACACCAGAAGAGACCAUUGCGCAAAUCGAAUCGCGGCUUGACUAUCUCAAGGAAAGCCGGCCAACCGCCGUCGACCUCUCGAAUGCUAUCUCCCUUCUCAAACAGGCAGCCAGGGCUGCCAAACGUGAGGGCUUGGCACACCCUGAGGCCAAGGAGGCCAUCCUGAACUCGUACAUCGAGACAGCCGAGAAGAUACUGGCAAAAGACCUCGAGAACAACACAUCAAUUGGCUCCUACGGUACCUCGUGGCUCCAGCACCAGUAUAUGCUAUCGUCCAGCCGCACAAUCUCCGUCCUUACGCACUGCAACACGGGCUCGCUAGCCACAUCCGGUCACGGCACUGCCCUUGGAAUCAUCCGAACUCUACACGCGAGGGGGCUGCUCAAGCACGCAUACUGCACCGAAACGCGACCCUAUAACCAGGGCAGCCGUCUAACGUCGUUCGAAUUGAUCUUCGAAGGCAUCCCCGCCACCCUGAUUACGGACAGCAUGGCGGGCGCAUUGCUCUCCCUCCACAAGGAGCCCAUGAAUAUUGGCGCCGUCAUCGUGGGCGCCGACCGCGUCGUACGCAACGGGGACACGGCCAACAAAAUUGGCACCUACGCGCUCGCCGUUCUCGCGCGGCAUCACGGCGUCAAGUUUGUCGUCGCGGCGCCGACGACGAGCAUCGACCUUGAGACCGAGACGGGCGCCGACAUCAAGAUUGAGGAGCGGAAGCCCGAGGAACUGACCCAGAUCAGCGGGGCCGUGGUGAACCCGGAUGGCAGCAUUGAUACCAGCAGGACGGCGCGGGUGGCGAUUGCCGAUCAGAGAAUCAGCGUCUGGAACCCGGCCUUCGAUGUCACGCCGCAUGCACUGAUUGACGCUAUCGUGACGGAAAAGGGGACAGUGGUGAAGGGUGCGGAUGGAAAGUUCGACUUGAGCAGCGUAUUGCAAAGCAACUAG